CAGUCAGUCGGUGUGGAGGAGAGCGGACGGAGCGGAGUGACGCACCGGGGACUCGGACUUGUAUUUUGCUUUCACCACAACAAGAGACAACCGAGCGGCAGGCAGGCAGGCAGCGGAGCAGCAUGGAGCUGUGAGGGCUGCGGGCCGACCGGGACCUGCUCCCCAAACUUCUCUGUUUGAUUUGUUUUAUUUUCCGCAUCUGAGAUCGUUCUCUUUCCCCCCCAACAUGGAGACUACAGGCUGCUGGCUGCUUCUGGUUGCGCACUUCAUCCUCCUCUGCCAACAAGCCGAUGGAUACGCAUACAGGAAUCAACGCAAGAUCUCAGAAGACAUCGACUGGUCGUACGCAGGAACAUUAAAUCAAGACAACUGGGCCAAGAAGUUUUCAUCCUGCAGCAACGCCAAGCAGUCUCCCAUCAACAUCGAGGAGAACCUGGCUCAGGUGAAGCUGCAGUACCAGAAACUGAAGUUUGACGGCUGGGAGAGCCUGACAAGCGACGGGGCGACCAUCAACAAUGACGGCAAGACUGUGGCGGUUAAUGUGGAUGGUGAGUUCUAUGUCAGUGGAGGGGGUCUGAGGUCAGAAUUCAAGGUCGGACGCAUUACCUUCCACUGGGGGCGCUGCAACGCCUCUUCAGAGGGCUCCGAACACAGUCUGGAUGGAGUCAAAUACCCGCUAGAGAUGCAGAUCUACUGUUAUGAGGCACAUCGCUUUGACUCUUUAGAUGAAACCAUCCAGGCUGGAGGCAGGAUCACCGCACUUGCCGUGCUGUUUGAGACAAGCUCUGAAGACAACAUGAACUAUGCCGCCAUCAUAGACGGUAUCAACAGCGUGAGCCGACACGGAAAGAUUGCAGAAGUUUUACCCUUCACGCCAAGAGGCCUGCUGCCAAACUCCACAGAGAAAUAUUUCAUCUACAAUGGCUCUCUGACCACGCCGCCCUGCAGCGAGACCGUGGAGUGGAUCGUCUUCAAGAACACAGUGACCAUCUCUGACGAACAGCUCGAGAUGUUCUGCGAGGUGAUGACGAUGCAGCAGGCCGGAUACGCGAUGCUGAUGGACUACCUGCAGAACAACUACAGGGAGCAGCAGCCGCAGUUCAUGGGUCAGGUGUUCUCCUCGUACACAGGCACAGAGGAAGUCCUCACACCAGUGUGUAGUUCAGAGCCGGAGAACAUCCAGGCAGUGCCUCACAACGUCAGCAGCCUGCUGGUGACGUGGGAGCGGCCCCGGGCGGUGUACGACGCCAGCAUCGAGAAAUACUCUGUGAGCUACGGACUCGCCGACGCAGAAAACAGCGACCCCUCCAUAUACCUGACCGACGGAGACCAGGAUGUGGGGGCGAUACUCGAUGACCUCAUAGCUAACAGCAGCUACGUGGUCCAGGUGGUGGCGGUCUGCAACAACGGGCUGUACGGACGUGUGAGCGACCUGCUGACGGUCCUCAUGCCCGACCCCGACAAAUUUCAAGAUCCAGAUUCAGAUGAAUUUAACGUCGAGGACAACUACGAACCCAAUGUGUCCUGGAAUGAACCGGUCCAAACCGACGACUACGAUCUGGUUUUGAUUCCCACAAACCCAACCAGGACUACGACUCCUCGACCGGCCUUUUUACCUCCACCUGGUGUCAAAACAACAACAGCAGAGCCCGGUCAGAGAAAAACCACCACUGACGCACCUCCCUCUGCCCGAUCCACCCAGUACGGUCAAGUUUUAACCAACUCUGAAAAGACAACCGGGCGCAGUACCUCCACUUCACCACCAGAGGUCGCCGUUUCACACAGAAACAAAGGGAGCGUCUUCAGUGACGUUGCUCCCUUUUAUUCUACAACUACACCUGGUGCAACAACUACCGAUGGUGGUCCUAAAAAGCCCAAAGGUGGAGUCAGUACGACUUCUGUUACGUUGACAAGCACAAAGACAAAAGGUGGUAAAAGUAUUUCUUCGUACAGCACCACCACGACAACGCUAAGAUCUCGUAUCAGCGACACUAGCAGAACGACAACACCGCCCUUCAUCCAACCAAACACCAAUCGAGGCCUUGUAAACACGGAUUCAAGAACUCCUGUUUCACCUGGUUCGACCCCCGUGCCUUCCUCCUCGGGUGGACCUGCUCGACGUAGGACAACAACUCCCAGCAUGCCUCGUUUUACGUCUUCAACCACUUCUGUGAGGUUGGGUGGUGUUCUCUUGAAGACCACGCAGCCAAUGUCCAACGGUGAGAGCCCCACUGUCCUCCCCUUCUCCUCCUCCUCCUCUGCCUCCUCCCCCCUGUGUGACACCGCGGACCCCUCCUCCACCUGCCCGCAUGACCCUCCCUCCUCGUCCUGGCCUCUGUCGUCUGCUUCUGCAUCGGACUCCCAGCAUGCAACGCUUCCUAGCAAAGAGCUGGCUUCUCCUCCUUCAACCCUCACUGCCUCCACCUUGCCCCGCCUCCUCCCCCCCUCACUCCCCCUGUCUGGUAUGGAGACUCGCCACGUCUCCCCCGUCGGUGUCGGGUUUGACGAUAACAAUAGCGAUGGUGAUUUGUUGUCUGGGUCUUCGUCGCUCUCUUCAGGUGAUCCCUCAGUGUUUAGCGACACCCCUCCUCUACAAACGGUGCCCGAUCCUUCUGGUGUCACCCUCGCCGAACCCUCAGAAUCCUCCUGGGAUUUGCUACUGUCAGAGGUCUCUCUCUCGCUCACCCCUACCCUACAACCGUCAUUUCUCCUCUCUAGUGACUUCACCCCCCCGGGAACAACUCCAGGUUUAUCCCGCUCUGUCUCUGCUGGGUUUGAGGACUCGAGGUACGCCAUGGGGAGCACGAUAGAGUCAUUUCUCCCUGAGGUCAGUGGUGAAGGGUUUCCGUUAGCUAGCGACGUGGAAGCCAUGUGCGCCUGUUCUCUGGAGCCGUCUUCCUCGUGGUUGCAUGCCUCCUCUCAUGCCCCCCUCCCCUCUUCCGCCUGGGACUCUGCUAGCUUAGAGCUUUACUCUAGCGUGGCCUUCCCGCCUCUGGCGCCCUCUGGUGUUGGUGUAGACGACCUUCUUCACUCUCUGUCUGUGGCGGGUUCUGACUCUCCGUCCUUAGAUCAGCCUCUCAUUCCCCAUAGCGCCAUCUCGCCCUCACCCUCCUCUUCACACUCCCAUAGUGACCUCCCCGUUUCUGUUGCAGCCACAGCGUCUGGUGUCAGGGAUCCCUUGUUCUCGGCAUCAGACAGGAGUCCGAACCUUCGAAUCGCUGCCCUCCCUUCCUCACCCACAGACUCCCCCUUCACCCCGACCCCUGAAGGACAGGCGUUAGAUGCUAGCAGCAGCGCCUCAGGAUCGGCCCUGUUCCCAGACUCCCAGGAGGGCGUAGAUCAGGAGUGGGACAGGGUUCAAACCUCGGCGUCUGGAGAGAGCGUGUCCCCUUAUUCUACCAAAGUCACAAGCACCACAUCCUCGACUACCGCCUCCGAGUCCGGUCUGUCCCCUGAUGAUUUGGAUGACCGCUCCUCAGCGUUUUAUUUUGAGAGCGAGAGCGGUAGUGCCAGCACCUCGGAGGUAGCAGGCACAGCUUCGCCGAGCAUCCCUGCGGUAACCUCUGCUCCGCCCUGGUCGCUGGGCGGGGAGGAGGAGAGCGGCUCAGGACAGGGCGAGAGCCUGUACGACAACGAGACGUCGUCAGACUUCAGUCUCUCCGAGCGCACGGAGAGAGAAUCAGAGGAAGAGGAGCCAGUCGCAGACGCCAGCAACAGCAGCCACGAGUCCAGAGUCGGGUCGAUCAGGGAGCGAGAGAGGAAGGCUGUGGUUCCUCUGGCCGUCAUCUCAACCCUCACCGUCCUCGGCCUCGUCGUCCUCAUCGGCAUCCUCAUCUACUGGAGGGCGUGUUUUCAGACGGCUCACUUCUACAUCGAGGACAGCUCUUCGCCCAGAGUCAUUCAGGCUCUGUCCAACGCGGCAUUAAACGACGAUGAAGAAACCGCGUUCCCAGCGAAGGACUUUGUCAAACACGUAGCCGAGCUUCACGACACCGGCGGCUUUCAGCGGGAGUUUGAGAUCCUGAAGGAGAGUUACGAGGAGGUUCAGGCGUGCACCGUGGACAUGGGCAUGACGACCGACAGCUCCAACCAUCCCGACAACAAAACCAAAAACAGAUACAGCAACAUCCUGGCCUAUGACCACAGCCGGGUGCGACUCUCACUGCAGGCCGACAAAGACGGGAAGACCAGGGACUACAUCAACGCAAACUAUGUGGACGGUUUUAAGAAGCCGCGGGCGUACAUCGCUGCUCAGGGUCCUCUGAGGUCGAGCACAGCGGACUUCUGGAGGAUGGUUUGGGAGCAGAACGUGUGCGUCAUCGUCAUGAUCACAAACUUGGUGGAGAAAGGAAGAAGGAAGUGUGAUCAGUACUGGCCGGCCGAGGUGCAGGAGGAGUACGGCGGCUUCCUGGUGACGGUGAAGAGCAGCCAAACGCUCGCCUACUACACCCAGAGGACCUUCACCAUCAGGAACACACACACCAGAAAGGGCUCCCAGAAGGGGCGGAGCAACGAGAGGACGGUGAUGCAUUUCCAUUACACCCAGUGGCCCGACAUGGGCGUCCCAGAGUUCGCUCUGCCGCUGCUCAGCUUCGUCCGCAAGUCGUCCAAAGCCAGGAAAGACGAGACGGGGGCAGUGGUGGUUCACUGCAGCGCUGGUGUGGGCCGGACGGGCACAUACAUCGUCCUGGACAGCAUGCUGAAGCAGAUCAAAGACGAAGGGAACGUUAACAUCACGGGCUUCCUCAAACACAUCCGCACACAGAGGAACUACCUGGUUCAGACAGAGGAACAGUACGUUUUUAUCCACGAUGCUCUGGUGGAAGCCAUCUUGUCCGGGGACACAGAGGUGACAGGGGCUCACCUGCACAGGUACGUGGACGAGCUGCUGAUCCCGGGGCCUGCAGGGAGGACGUGUCUGGAGAAACAGUUCAAGCUGGUAUGUCACCCUGGAUUGAAGCCGAGCGACUUCUCUGCAGCUCUGCAUGAAUGCAACCGCAGCAGGAACAGAAACUGCUCCGUGAUACCUGUCGAGAGGUCGAGAGUCAGAUUGUCUACAACAGCAGGAGAAACAUCAGACUACAUAAACGCAUCGUACAUCACAGGUUACAGGCAGAGCAGUGAGUUCAUCAUUACCCAGAACCCUUUGCCAGGCACCGUUAAGGACUUCUGGAGGAUGAUUUGGGACCACAACGCCCAGGUCAUCGUGUCGCUGCCGGGCGGGACGGAGGAGGAGGAGGAGGAGAAUGAGGGGGGGCAAUGUGCCGUUUGGCCUCGUAAAGGUCAGCCAAUCAGCUAUGAGAUGUUCACUGUCACUCACAGAAGUGAGACUAACAUCUGUCUGGCCAACGAGGACAAUGUGGCGGUCCAGGAAUACGUCCUGGAGGCUACACAGGACGACUUCGUUCUGGAAGUGAAACACUACCGCACCCCCCACUGGCCAAACCCAGACAGCCCCAUCAGCAACACCUUUGAGCUUCUCAACCUGGUGAAAGAGGAGAGCGCCACCAAGGACGGACCGACAGUGGUCCACGAUGACGUGGGCGGCGUUACGGCGGGAACAUUUUGUGCUUUGUCGACUCUGACGCGCCAGCUUAAAGUGGAGGGUUUGGUCGACGUCUUCCAAGUUGCAAAGCUCACCAAUCUCAUGAGGCCGGGAAUCUUCAGCGACAUAGAGCAGUACCAGUUCCUGUACAAAGCCAUGCUGAGUCUCAUUGGGACGCAGGAAGACGAGAAAACCCUCCAGUCAUCCGACAACAACGGUACCAUCGUGGUGGGGACGGCCAGCAGCGCUGCAGAGAGCCUUGAAUCCCUGGUGUAACCGCCUCACAAAGAACUCUCGUUUCACUUUUACACAUGAGCAACAGCCUUUAGUCUCUCCUCUUCAGCCACCAACAGAACUUCUCUCGCGCUGCCACUCCUAAACAAUGAUCGUCCUCGCUCAGGAUGCCAUGUCGCAGUUUGAGGCUGGCGUUUACUGAACUAGCUUCUCCGUCUUCUUCCUCUUCUCUCGAUCUGGACUCCCUGCGGUUUUUGUAACGUGUGCCUUUUUGUAUUUUUCAUCCUGUACUUUUUAACUUUGAUACAAGCUGUAGACUAACAGUCUGAUGUUUUUAACUCUGUACCGCCCGCAGACGCUUCACUCGACUAACACUUUUUCCUCGACCUUUUGUAUUUAUUGGCACCGAGCUAAACGGGGAAACAAAAAAGGGAAAAACUGCCUCUUUUUACAACGAGAGAUAUUUUGUUAGCUUGUCUUUUAUAGAACUCCUGCACUGAAAUCCUUUCUGUAAAUACCAUCGCAACAGUAGCAGCAGUGUGCUGUUGAAGGGACAUUUUAAAAAGGGCCUGGAAUAAUACAAAAUAAUAAUAAUCUAAUGUAAAUAAUAUUAUAGUAAUCAACUUGAUGGACCAAAUUUCUAUUUAUACGUUUAGAUUUUUUAUAUUUGACCAUUCUUAGUGCAUUCAGAUGAUAUGCUUUACUUCUAAUCGUGUAGUAGGAGAACAUUAAUGCUUUUAUAUUCUGGAUUUUUUUGUAACAGACUAAAUGUGAUGCAUGGGGUACUGACAUGUUUGUUUUUGUAGCUGGACAUGAAACACUGCCGGAUUCUUAGCUAGGGGAAUAAAUAAGUGGAAGACCAUAAAACACA